AUGUCUUCCAUCUCCAAGGAUGAAAGGGCGUUACAGCUCGCGCAGGCCGCGAGUGAGAGCCUCGCGUCUGGUGACUUGGCGGCCGCGGCUAGCAAACUACGUGAGGCUACGAGCAUCGCACCAGACAAUGCGCAGAUCAGAGAGGCAUGGGGAAAGCUGAGGCAAGAGGAGGACAAGAGCGAGUUUUUAACCAUCUGCAAAGUUUGGGUGCAGAGCAAAGAUGAAGCCGACGGCGAACGCGCGUUGAAGUCGAUGAAAGAUCGACCCUUGAAACAGAAAGAAGCCGAACAGGCAAUGCAGAUCCUCAACGACUUCAAAGACGAAGAUGACGUUCUGGACCAAGUUACCGGCGAGCUUUUGAAAAACGUCGGUGCCCAGAUGUGGCUUGCACAGGCCGUGCGAGAGCGGCCCACUAGGAGCUACUACGAGCUGUUCCCUCGCGGAGACGACUCUAUUGACGGACUGCUCAAAGUUCUACUGAACAGAAGCCUGUGGCCUGAUGACGCUACGUUCAAGGCGAGUCACAGAGACGUUUUCCAGCUCAGUCUUGCCAUGAUGAUGGAGGAAGCGCUCGACCAUCCCGAACGCGCUAUGAGAGGCGUCGCGCAGCUUCUGGCCCACCACGCAAACCACCUCGAGAACAUCAUCGACGCCGAUAGUUUUGAUGUCAUUCUUGCUUCUCUUGAUAUCCGGUUGCCUAAGACCCUCCGCGACCAAGCCACACUUGCCAGCAUCAAGUUGUUUGAGCUUAGUCCGGAGACCGCAAAAGAGCUGAUCUCCAAGUUCGUAACGCAGCGUGCGGAAAAGGGCGAUGCAGACAACUUAGUUAUCGCGUUCUCCGCAGCCGCGGCCAUUUUCCCCAUAGCUGCCACGGCAGCAGCUGAGCUUUUCCUUACAGACGGCUUUGUCAGCACGCUGGUUCCUGUAGUAGAGAAGAAGAAGUCCUACAAGUUGAUACAGGUGACGUUGGGGCUGAUCAGUGCGGCAUGUGUAGACAAGAAGUGCCGAGAAGCCAUCAACCGGCACUGCAGGGACUGGCUGGACAUGGUCGCAGAUAGCCCCGACAAAGGACGAGCCAACCUCGCAGCGCUCAUUCUGGUCAAGCUAGGCGACGAAGAGGCUCCCUCGGAGAAUCCCCAGAUUGUCACGCCCGCGAAGGUUGACCAGAGCGAUCUAAUUGCGAACUUCAAAUCAAUGGUCAUCAGCGCCGAUGCUGGCAACAAACAAGACUCUGUCGAAGGCCUGGCCUACGCGUCCCUCCAGCCAAGGUUUCGCGAAGACCUCUCGAAGGAUUCCCAGUUCCUCAAGCGGCUCAUCGAGACAAUGAGUGCCCCAUCGGUGACAGGCAACAUAAUCUUUGGUGGACUGACCAUCUUUGCCAACAUUACCAUGUUCCUCCCGAUUCAAUCUGAUGAAGAGAAGCGUAUGGCGCAACUCAAAGCUUACGCCAAUGUCCAGAAACCUUCGGCGCCAGAUGACCUUCUUAACAACGACCAUGCUACUGCAAGAUGUAAGCGAGUCCUUGAAGCCGGCAUCGUACCACUGCUAGUACAGAUUUGUAAGAAGGGAUCAGCAAACGUACUUUCGCAAAGCAGCCAGAUACUCUUGAAUCUCAGCAACGACAAGAAAAGCCGGGGAUUGAUGACACAACAAGGUGCUGUCAAACUACUCAUCAUUGCCUGGGAACAUAUGGCUUCAACCGCGGCCUCGUCAAAAACAGGCACAUCGCCCUUCCCGCCCACCGCGCAGCCAGUAACUGCACAGGCGCUCUCUCGCCUUCUCAUCAGCGUCAAUCCCGCACUCGCUUUCAACUCUGCGUUGCCACCCGCGUCUGCGAUUCGCCCUCUCCAAAGCCAGCUGUCACGUACCGAGUCAUCGACGUGGCAGCUACACGCCUUCGAAGCGCUGCUUGCCCUCACCAACCUCGCAUCUCUCGACGAAGCCACACAAAACCACAUCAUCCGCAGCGCCUUCGACACCAUCGUCGACGAACUGCUGCUGAGCAACCACAGCAUGCUGCAGCGUGCAUCCACAGAACUCGUAUGCAACCUCAUGGCCUCGCCGCACUGCAUUGAGAAAUUCGCAGACGGCUCCCCACGCGCCAAACACCGCCUGCACCUCCUCCUCGCCAUGACGGACGUCGACGACAAAGCGACGCGCAGCGCGGCCGGCGGCGCGCUAGCCGCGCUCCUGUCGUGCGGCGAGAUCACAGUCACUCCGUUCCUGAAGCAGGAGAAAGGCGUCGAGUUCCUGCUGGGCUUGUGUCAGGACGACGACGACGACCUACGACACCGCGGCAUCGUGUGUCUAGACAGCGUGGCCGAAGUGCCUGCGGGAGUGGAGGCGCUGAGGCGGAAGGGCGCCGUGGCGACGGUCAAAACGGUGCUGCGAGAGACGCACAGCCCGCAUGUGUUGCGCGCUUGUGAGGACACACUGGCCAAGCUGGCUGCUCAGUAG